AUGGAUAAUCAACCCAGCUCGCCUAGAUCCCAGAAUCUUCAGACAAUGGCCCCUGCGACAAUCCAUCCCCGAGUUCAUAUUAGCAACAAGGAACCUGAAUCAAGCUUUCAACCAGAUUUCCAACCAAAGGAAGUCAGAUCUCCACAGUUCACCACCGCUAGAGGUCGAGAUAGCAGAACCAGUACACCAAGACGAGCUGCUGCAGAGGAAGAACACGUGCUCGUCCGCAGUUCCUCUAGGGGGAGCAUUAUCAGAUCCAUUGUUCAUCACAAUACUAGACCCCCGGAGCUAAGACCACCUCACCACACUACUGCCCCGAUCUUGAACGUCCCUCCAGAAGAUGGGGGAAUAUUUUUUGAUUUACUCUCAUGGAAUUGCCAAGGUGCGGCGUCACGGAAGUUUCACCGCACCCUUAAACAAUUAAUCCGAGAUCACAAGCCUGAUAUCCUUUGUCUCUUCGAACCAAAGGUAUCAGGCCAACAUGCUGAUAAAAUUUGCGUUUCCAUCGGCUUCGAUGAAUGGGCUAGGAUUGAAGCAUUUGGCUUCUCCGGGGGCAUUUGGGUGUUCUGGAAAGCCACCUCUAUGGUUGACAUCCACUUCACCCAUCCCCAGUUCAUGUUGCUUAGGGUCUCACACCUGAAUGAGCAGCAUUGGUACCUAUCACUGGUCUAUGGUAGUCCAGACUAUUCACUCAGAAGGGAGCUCUAUGCUACUCUUUCCCAGGACUCUAUAAAUUUUCAUGGGGAUUGGCUUUCCAUGGGGGACUACAAUGCAGUUCUAAAUAAAGAUGAAGUAUCAAAAAAUAACUCUUUUUCCUCUACUCGCUGUGCAGACUUCGGCAAUUGGAUUUUCAGAGAAGGCCUCAUUGAUUUGGGUUUCGUAGGAGCAAAACUCACUUGGUGUAGAGGACUUGAGUCCUCCUCCUUCAAAGGUGCUCGGCUAGACCGCGCACUCUGCAACACUGGAUGGAAAUCUAGAUUCCCAGAUGCCGAGAUCACUCACCUGCCAAUGAUUAGCUCCGACCAUGCUCCUCUUCUGCUGAGAACUACUGCCAGAACUAAUGGAAACAAUGCUAAGAAAUUCAGGUUCAAUGCUAUGUGGACCACCCACCUGGACUACCUGAACAUGCGAAAAAAGCGGGUUAUUGCAAGGCUGAAUGGUGUUCAGCGUGGUCUAGCAGCUAACGCUAGGUCUGAUCUCAUCAGAUUGGGGAGAAAACUCCGCGAUGAAUACGAAUUGAUUUUGUAUCAAGAGGAAAUGCUUUGGUUUCAAAGGUCUCGAGAGGAUUGGAUUUCUUCAGGUGAUCGUAAUACGAAGUUCUACCACGCUGCUACAGCCGUGAAUAAAUCUAGAUCAUCAAUCAACUCACUGAAAGAUGACCAAGGAAAUCCCUUUCCCAACGAAGAAACAGCGCUUGAUCAUGUUAGUCAGUUCUUUAAGAUGUUAUUCACAGCAGAUCCCUCCUGUCCAGAGAAUGUUGAUUUCAUAGGAAAAUUUCCCAGACUCAAAGAGUUUGACUGGCAAUGA